GUGAACCGGAAGGGGCGGGUGUCCGCGGGACGGGCUCCGAGUACGGGUCCAACAUGCCGGCCGUGCCCCGGGCGCUGCAGCGUCUGGGUCUCAGGCUGCGCAUUCACCUCAUUCGCGACAUUAGCCGCCAAUAUCCAGUCUUUUGUGGCAUUUUCCUGCUCCUCACCUCCUGUACCCUGCUGCUGAACAGGUACCUGCAUAUUCUCAUGAUCUUCUGGUCAUUCCUUGCUGGAGUUGUCAGUUUCUACUGCUCACUUGGACCGGCCUCACUUCUACCCAAUAUUCUCUUCACUAUUGAGCGCAAGCCAAAGCUGGAACAACAAGAACUAUUUCCUCAAGGUCACAGUUGUGCUGUCUGUGGGAAGGUCAAGUGUAAACGACAUAAGGCCACACUGUUGUUGGAAAACUACCAGCCUUGGCUGGGUUUGACAAUUAGUUCAAAGGUGGAUGCAUCUCUUUCUGAAAUUCUGGAGCUGGUGAUUGAAAACUUUGUGCAUCCUUGGUAUAGGGACAUAACUGAUGAUGAAGCCUUUAUUGAUGAACUCAGAGUAUCGUUACGCUUUUUUGCAGCUGUUUUAGUCCGGAGAGCUCAGAAGAUUGAUGUUCCAGUCCUUGUAAACCGGAAAUUAUUAAAUGCGGCAGUGAAGCACAUUGAGGUCAUUUCAAAAGCAAGGCAAAAAGUAAAACACAGUGAAUAUUUACAGCAAGCUGCAUUGGAGGAGUAUGGACCAGAUCUGCAUCUGGCUCUGAGAAGCCGUCGGGAUGAACUGCAGUAUCUCAGGAAGUUAACAGAACUGCUUUUCCCAUAUAUUUUGCCACCAAAAUCCACAGAAUGCAGAUCAUUAACCCUGUUGAUCCAAGAAAUUCUGGCUGGGUCAGUCUUCCUUCCUUCCCUAGACUUCUUAGCUGAUCCGGACACUGUGAACCAUUUGUUGCUGAUUUUCAUAGACAACAGUCCACCGGAGCCAGCAACUGAGCCUCCCUCUCCCUUGGUCCCCUUCCUGCAGAGAUAUGCUGUUGCCAGAAAUAAAACCCAGUCGGCCCUUAAACUUGAGCUGAAGGAAAUAAGAAACCAGCAGGAUCUGCUGUUCGGGUUCAUGAACUUAUUGAAGCAGGAGGGUGCAGUGCAUGUCCUGCAGUUCUGUCUGGCUGUGGAGGAAUUCAAUGACAAGAUCUUGUGUCCUGAGCUCACUGACGACGAGAAGCAGAAUCUUCACAAGGAGGUGAAGGAAAUCUAUGAGACAUAUUGUCUUGAUGAGAGCGUUGAUAAAAUCAAAUUCGAUCCCUUUAUUGUCGAAGAGAUAAAACAGAUUGCAGAAGGACCGUACAAAGAUGUUGUGAAGCUUCAGACCAUGCGCUGCUUGUUCGAGGCCUAUGAGCAUGUCAUGAAUCUGUUGGAAACGGUGUUUACGCCUAUGUUUUGCCAUAGUGAUGAGUACUUCAGAUAUCUGUUGACAGGAGCAGAAUCCCCCACACGCAACUCCAAGUCUAACAGAAGUAGCCUCAAUUUGGAUGAUUUCCGGGGUACCAACAAACGUGGAGAAACUUUUGGAAUAAGCCGAAUAGGUAGCAAAAUAAAGGGAGUUUUUAAAAGCACAACGAUGGAAGGGGCCAUGUUGCCAAAUUAUGGAUUGCGAGAAGGAGAUGACGAUUCUGUGGAAGAGGCAACGGUGGUAUCUGAGGAUGAUUUACUUGAAGAGCUGGCGAUAACUCCCAAUGCUCAACGUAACCUCUCCGCAUGGAAAAUAACCAUUCCAUAUGUAGAUUUCUUUUUUGACAACAAAAAGGAGAAGAUUCCAGUCUUCUGUAUUGAUGUGGAACGGAAUGAUGAAGGAUGGGAGGGACGUGAAACUGAACGCUGUACUGUUUACAGGAGAUAUUUUGAAUUUUAUGUACUGGAGUCAAAGCUUACAGAGUUUCAUGGAUCUUUCCCAGAUGCACAGCUCCCUUCAAAGAGACUCAUUGGGCCCAAGAACUGUGAAUUUUUGAAAUCCAAACGAGAGGAGUUUCAAGAGUAUCUGCAGAAUUUGCUGAAACAUCCAGAAUUAAGCAAUAGCCAACUUCUCGCAGAUUUUCUCUCUCCUGAUGGUUGCGAAUCACAGUUUCUGGAGAAAAUCCUGCCGGAUGUAAACCUGGGGAAAAUUAUCAAGUCUGUCCCUGGAAAACUGAUAAAGGAAAAAGGUCAACACCUGGAAUCAUUUCUCACAGCAUUCAUCAACUCCUGUGAGGCUCCCAAGCCCAAACCAAGCAGGCCAGAGCUCACCAUUCUCAGCCCAACCUCAGAGAACAAUAAAAAGCUUUUUACUGACUUGUAUAAAAAUAACGCUAAUCGCUCUGAAAGCAUAGAGAAGAAGUACAAUCAGAACUACUUCAUGGAAAUGACAACAUUGGAUGGCAUUUAUGAUUACAUGAUGUAUGUGGCCCGUGUUGUUUUUCACAUCCCAGACUGGCUGCAUCAUUUCCUAAUGGGUGGACGCAUUCUGUUGAAGAACACACUGGAGGCAUAUGCAAACAAUUACCUUCAGCGAAAGCUGGACCGGUUGCUCCAGGAGCAUCGAGUGGUCUCCCUUAUAACUCUGCUGCGAGAUGCAGUCUUCUGUGAGAGCACUGAGACUCGCUCCAUGGAAGACAGACAAAAGAGAGCAAAGCAAACCUUUGAUGAAAUGAUGGACUACAUUCCAGAUUACUUUGUGAAGUGUGUUGGGGAAGAAGCCAAGUAUGAGGGGGUGAGACUGCUGUUUGAAGGGUUGCAGCAGCCUGUGCUAAACAAACAGCUAACAUAUGUGCUGCUGGACAUUGUAUUGCAGGAAUUAUUUCCUGAACUCAGUAAGGUGCAGAAAGAUGUUGCAUCUGUACCCCCGUGGAAGUGAAGAGUACUGAGAGCCAUUUCCCAUUAUUUUAGGAGAUGGAGUACAAUAGAGCCAUACUGGGUGAUUACUACGGAGAAAUUAUGGAAUACUGGAUUAUUUUAAUGAAUGUGGACAUCAUUUUUCCUUUAAUUAAAUUGCUGAUUUUAUUUCUGAAUGUGUGUGUUGCACUACGAGAACCAACAAAAAAAAUAGUAGCCUUGUAAUCCAAUGACUUUAUCUAUAGCUGGACUGAGCAGAUCUAUUUAUUGAUCUGUAGACAAUGUGCUGACAAAACUCUGUCCUUUUGACAAACAAGAAUAACCUUGGAAGCAUUGGAUUAAGAAAUUAGACAAAAGCCCACUGGGGUGGUGAAAUUGGAUCUUGGCCAGACCAGUAUUCCAAGCUUUUUCAAACAUGGACAAUCUGUUUUGUGCUAAACUUGAUAAUGUGAGUUUGCAAUUAUAUAGUGAUGUAAGUAAUGGCAGUGAUGACCUCAGAUGUAAACAAUGACCCACACAACACUGGAUUCUUAAUCAUAAUAAAAAAGCUUCUG